AUGAUGUUGUUUUGUUGGGCAAACAAGUGUUGCUGGAAAGAACCUCAGCAAUGAGAAAUGGUAAGACAUUACUGUGGUGGUGUCACUCCAUGCAUCAACCGUUCAUGGACCCUUUUCACUUGGAACUCCGAAAUAAGAUACCUUGUGAAUCAAGGUCAUGCCCACCACGCUCUUCUUCUCUUCCGCCACAUGAAGCGAUCUGCCCUCACACCCAACAACUCCACCUUUCCCUUCCUCUUAAAAGCAUGCGCCAAACUCUCCCAUCUCCUAAACUCCAAGAUCAUCCAUGCUCAGGUCCUCAAAUCCCGCUUUCAAUCCAACAUUUACGUGCAAACUGCAAUGGUUGAUAUGUAUGUCAAGUGUGGUCAGUUGGAAGAUGCACACAAUGUGUUUGUUGAAAUGCCCGUCAGGGACAUUGCUUCUUGGAAUGCAAUGCUGGUGGGUUUUGCUCAGUUUGGCUGUCUUGAUAGGCUGUCUUAUCUUCUACGUCAGAUGAGGCUUUCGGGGAUUCGUCCUGAUUCAGUCACUGUUUUGCUACUCAUUGACGUCAUUUUGCGUGUGAGAAGUCUGACUUUUCUGGGUGCAGUUCAUUCCUUUGGGAUUCGAAUUGGUAUUCGUGAUGAUCUUUCCGUGGCUAACACUUUGGUUGCUGGAUAUGCCAAGUGUGGUGACUUGGGCUCGGCAGAGACAGUGUUUGAUGAAAUUGACGCUGGUCAAAGGUCUGUUGUGUCCUGGAAUUCUAUGAUCGCAGCAUAUGCGAAAUUUGAAAAGUAUGUCAAGGCUGUUAAUUGUUACAAAGUGAUGCUAGAUGGUGCAUUUUCCCCAGACAUUAGCACAAUUCUCAAUUUGCUUUUGUCAUGCGUGCAACCUAUGGCACUGUUUCAUGGUUUGCUAGUACAUUCUCAUGGAGUUAAGUUGGGUUGUGAUUCUGAUGUAUGUGUGGUGAAUACUCUUCUUUGUAUGUAUUCCAAAGGCGGGGAUGUUCAAUCGGCAAGAUUUUUGUUUGAUUGCAUGUCUGACAAAACCUGUGUAUCAUGGACUGUUAUGAUUAGUGGGUACGCUGAGAAAGGAUUUAUGAGUGAGGCAUUGACCCUGUUUAAUGCAAUGGAAGCUUCUGGUGAGAAACCGGAUUUGGUUACUGUGCUUGCUUUGAUUUCAGGCUGUGGCCGGACGGGGGCGCUUGAACUCGGAAAAUGGGUUGACAAUUACUCUGUCAACAAAGGAUUAAAAGAUAAUGUUGUAGUGUGUAACGCACUAAUUGACAUGUAUGCCAAGUGUGGAUCUUUUAAUGAUGCUAAGGAGGUCUUUCAUGGCAUGGCUAACAGAACCGUCGUCUCCUGGACAACCAUGAUUAGUGCCUGUGCUUUGAAUGGAGAUGUUAUAGAUGCUUUGGACCUAUUUUUUAUGAUGUUAGAAAUGGGGAUGGAACCAAACCACAUAACAUUUCUUGCUGUUCUCCAAGCUUGUGCACAUGGAGGUUUACUAGAAAGCGGAUUGGAGUGCUUCAACAUGAUGACACAAAGGUAUGGCUUAAGCCCUGGUAUAGAACAUUAUUCUUGUAUGGUUGAUCUUCUUGGUCGUAAAGGACAUCUCACAGAAGCUUUAGAAAUGAUUAGAAGUAUGCCUUUUAAAGCUGAUGUUGGCAUAUGGAGUGCAUUGCUCUCUGCUUGCAAACUUCAUGAUAAGAUGGAGAUGGGUAAGUAUGUGUCUGAACAGCUAUUUGAAUUGGAGCCCCAAGUGGCAGUUCCAUAUGUGGAGAUGGCUAACAUAUAUGCAUCAGCCGAAAUGUGGGAUGGAGUUGCAGAUAUCAGAAGGAAGAUGAAAUAUCUUCGACUGAGGAAAUCUCCUGGGCAGAGUAUUAUUCAAGUGAAUAGGAAAUCUACUGUAUUUACAGUUGAGGAUAGGGAACACCCUGAAACCUUUUACAUAUAUGAUAUGCUAGAUGGCUUAGCUUCCCAUUCUAAGAAGGGACUGCUAGGUUAUGCAGAGGAGAUUGUUGAAGGUUGGGAAUGAAUGCAAAAAAUAUUAAUAAUAA